UCGGGGAGGGGGCGCUGCCGCCACGGUACUCCCCCCUGUUGGCCGAGUGGGCCCGUCCGCCUUCGGGCGCGAACGGGCGGGCGGAACAAUCUGCUUUAGGGGAAAGGGGAGCUCGCCGAGCUCUAAGGCUCCCUCUCCAGAGAAUGGACCAGCCCAUCUGCCCUUUGUGAAGUGGCGGAAAGGGGCGGUACCAUCCUCUUGUCUGGGGGUGGGGAGGGUAGUUGGAGCCUCAUGCCCGUUCUAGUGUGGGGUGGGGAUGUGGGGCAGGGGACCGGCCCCGGGGCUCUCCAGGGAGACACUCGCUGUCCCGGCUUCUCAGGUGACGUGCGGAAUAAACUCUACAACUCGAGAUGAGUUAUAAAGCAGGUCGUGCCCCUGGUUUGAAUUGAACUACUAUCAGGGAGGCGUUUUUAGCUCUGCCUGGUAUUUCUGAGGCACAUACUCCCGGAUAUACUUGGUUCUGAAUCUCCUCAGAUACUCCCGAGGUUACUGGAGCAUUUAUAAGAGCCGGACUUAAAAGUUCAAUUAGCUGAUCUCUUCCCACUCGGAGUUCUACUUUUCCUUUAUCAAAUUGUAUCUUUGCCUCUAAUUGUUACAAUAGAUCCCUUCCCAAUUGUGGGAGAUUUGAGGGAUUUUCUUGAGGUUGUUGUGUGGAUGGGUUUCUAUUAGAUGGAGAUUUAUUUCUGAACUAGCCAAAGGAAUCUCAAGGCCAGCUCGAAGGCUGAAAAACAGCACCUGCUGUGGGAGUGAGGCCUCAGGGCCUCAACAAGAUGUAAAUCAACAGACCUAUUAGCAGUGAGACUUGGGUGCAUGGACAGCUCAUGAACAUGGACAAUAUCCAAUCAGCUAAUGCAUGCUUGGAGCGUGGAUGUCUGAUCAGGAAAUAACUGCAUAUAUAAGGAGGCUUGUUUCUGUAAUAAAUGGCUUCGCUUGAAUUCAUAUUGGAUUGUGUGGAGUCCACGAUUUUUCGCCCUUGCAAGUGGUGAUUCCGACGUGAUCCAUGAGGAGAGUUUAUGGAAGGGGAACGACUGCUGUGAGGAACGAGCCCCAGCUGGAACGACUCGGCUGGACCGCGACCGCGACGUAGUCUGCGGGCUGCGUGACUCCUGAUUGAUCGCUACAGAAGCGACAGAGGAGGGAUAAAGGAUCCGAUAUCGUUGCAAUAGACACCCAAAGAGGUGAGCAGAUGGGGGCAAAAGGAGAUGGGGCAGAAUAUUUUUAAAGAAGAAGAAGAAAUACUGCGGCUCCUCUCGCAUAUUCUCUCUAAGAGAGGGGUGAAGUAUGAGGAGAGUAACCUCAAAAGACUAUUAAUUUGGUGCAGAGGCAAUGGGUUUCCUGCUGACCUGUUAGGAGCUUUUAAAAUAGAGACUUGGGAAAAAGUGGGAACUGUGUUGUGGAAGACAAUUAGUCGCCAUGAAAAAUAUAUUCUUGGCCUUGUAACCGCCUGGAAACUGAUCAUUACUACGCUGCAGCAAUUAAAACCUGAAAAGACUGCUAUGAGCAUUAGUGACUCAAAACUUCGACUUGAACUUUGGGACAAUAUAGGGCAGAAAUUAUGGGAUAAAGUCAGCAAUGGAGAUAAAGAAGCUAAGUCAUUAGCAACUACAUGGAAGCUUAGAAUUACCACCUUAAAAGAUCUUAAGGCUGAACGGUCUGCUUCUGCUGGAAUUUUUGCAGCGUUGCAGCCUGAUAAGUAUCCUGAAAGUCGCUGUGAAGUUUACCUGGUUCAUGUCUUUGAUACCCUCCCUAUUCCAUCCCCUGCUGUGCUUUCGGCACUCCCAAUAGUUCAGCAGUCUGGGUCGGGGGGAGGAAAAAUGCCGAGCGGGUGGCCUUCUGUACCGUUGUCCAACCCUGGUGAGAACAACAAGUUCAGAGGACUGGAGUCAGACAACUUGCUCAAAGAACCUGUGAAAGCUGAGAAUGCUAAAGUCAUAAACAAGGGUACUAUCUGUCCUUUUACCAAUUUGUAUAUGCCUUUACUGCCUUUUAACCCUCCAACUUCCACGAGAGAGCAGAAGGAGUCACCGGAUAAGAACUGGGCAAAAGAACUGUGUGAAGGAUUAGAUCAGCUAAUAGCGAGUGAAUCCAACAGUCGGCAAUGCAGUCAUGAUGAUUGCGACGGGAAAGGGGGUGCUCCUGGGGACUCAGGUUGUACAAAUAAUUAUGAUGCUAGAAAGUAUUGGCAAGAAUGUGCACUGUUCCGAACCCCCCUGUUACCAACGAUUCUCCAGCACCGUUCAAGUCUGUGUUAUCUGAUGACUUGUAUGAGGAUGGGGGUUUGCAGCAUUUUCUUCAAAAGUUAACAGGAAAAAGAGUAUGUGUACGUGUUGCCCCGAGAUCAGAUAAAAACCAUGAAAGACUCAAGCAAAAUUAGACCUGUGCAAUGUAACAGCUAUAGAUCAUUUAGGAUGGAAUGAUGGGGAUUCAUUGAAAGGGGCAGGUAUCCCCCAACUCUUGGAACAGACACUAAUUGACACACCACAAUUAGAGGUGCGAUUAGUUUCUGAAAUCCUGAGGCAGUCAACAGAUCUUGCAUAUCAAGCUAUGAUAAAGGUGCCUGAAACCAACAAAGCAGCCAAAUCUUUUAUAACUACUAUCAGGGUCCCAGUGAGAGUUACAUGCAAUUUAUUGACCAUCUUCAAGAGGCUAUCAAUAAACAGGUUGAAAACUUAGAAGUUAAGGAAGCACUGGUGUUGAAAUUAGCAGUAGAGAAUGCUGAUGUUUGCUAUCAACGUGUUAUCUGCGAGUUUUACAGUACAUAUUAUGUGCUUCUGUGUAUUGCCCCUCUGAAAAUCAAGCAGCUUGUCAGGAAUGUGAGUUAAUUGUUUUACUGGUUGUUGUUAGAAUUGUUUCUUUGUGGUAUAAGUACACCGUAAAACUUUCUCCCCACUUUUCCCACUCGCGCUGCAAGCAGCCCUGUGCUUACCCCCCUCCCUCCCUCUUCUCAUGGUUUUUACUUACGAGAUGGGGUCAGGAAUGACUGUUUUCAAUCGUGUUCCUAAGAAAUUGGUAUUGGGAGGUGUUUUAAAACAUAGGAAAGCACUCGGAAAUAUGAGGAAGGAAGAUCUUGUGGAAUAUUGUAAUUAAUGGUGGCUGCUGUAUAAGUUAAAUGAUUGGGAAAAGUGGCCGGAGAAUAGAAUCUUGAAGUAUAACACUUUGUUGCAGUUCAUGUUGUUUUUAAGGCGAGAAGAGUAGGACAAAAUAAAUCCCUACAAGAGAUCAUUAAAUAAUUUCAGACAGUUUUACAGGCGGAACGGUUUGAACUUCAACAAGCUGAGAGAGAGUUAACUGAUAACACACAGGUCACAGUAAACUUGCUGAAGUCUGCAAGAUGCUUUCCUUAUUAACCUGUUUUCUUUGUGGGUAUCUGUUUAAGCAUGGUACAGUUUUGGUAGGUCUUUGUUAUAUGGUACAGUAAGUUCACAGACUGUUAAAUCAUGAGAAUCCGUUGACUCAAAACGUGCAUUUUGUGAUAAUACAGAAGAUCACGAGUAAUUUAGUUCUUUACUUCGUGAAUGUGAUGGUAAAAUUUUUGUGUGUGGUAGCUGCUAUUUUUCUUUCUAGCAUGCUAGCUUUAUUCCGGUAUCCAGACUUGUGCAACUGUGUGACAGGCUGUGUCUCAUCUCGAUGUGCUGGAUUUGGCUCUUUUGUAUGCACACCAUGUAAAGAAUCCUGGUUUUGGGAUAACUGUUGUAGCGCACCAGAUGAGGCACCAAAAAAAAAAAAAAAAAGCCUUGCACGCCGCAGCUUGCUGCGGCGGGGGGGGGCAGGUGCCGAUUGGGCUCCAGCGCGCACUGACCUGUUUUGUCAGGGAGACCCAGCAGUACCUCUGCCUGGCUGAGCAGUAAGCGGCCCAAAGGUGCAAUGAAAAAAUUGAGAUAUUGUCUUGAAUAAGUGUAACUGUGAUGCAUCUGCAUAUUUGAACUUGGUGUUUGGUUUUCAUAUCUGAGCUCAGUAUUUUAAUUUGCAUAUAUAUAUAUAUUUGGUACCAAAAGAAUUUUGUUUGCGGAGAUAAUUAUGAAAGGGGAAUCGGUUCCACUGCUAAAAUACCACCUUGCUCCCCCUUAGGAUGCAUCCCUAUACAUUGGAGUUAUUGCUCAUAUUAUUAUCCAAUAAUUUUGAGACCAGAAAAUAAUUAAAGUUGUUAAACUUUGAUUUGCAUUUAAUUUAUGUGCUAGUUGGAGGUAUGCGAAAGAAAACUAAAUGCUAUGAUGGAUGUGAACUUGGAUGAGGUUGUAUUUAAAAGUUAAAAGCUGCUGGAAUAUGAACUGAUUUGGAUCUAGGAAAAUGGAAUAAUGGAUUGAUGUUUAAUAUGCUGUAUUUUGACAUCUGUAAAUUGUGAAAGGUAAAUGGGGCUGAGGAAUGUAACAACUGUUGAGCUAAUUGGAGUUGUGUAUAAAACUCAGCUCAUUGCAGUCAAGGAGUUUGCCAGAGCCUCCUACUUCGUACCAGCGAUUACGCCAGCUGCGUGGCCUUGGCUACAUCUGAACUGCAGCAAGAAGAGAAAGAAGAAAAAAAUGGAAAAAAAGCCUGUUUUCCUGCUGCUAAGCAGAGAAAGGGGGGCUUUACUCCCCCUGCUCUGUCUUUUUUUUUCUCCUGGAGUAUUGUGAUCCAUCCUUGUUGUGGCACUGUGUUGCUUCUCGGCUUCGAAUCAGGGGUUGUUGGUGCUGUUUCUUUUUGCUUCUGUCUUUUUUCCUAGGUUUUUGGCACAUCUGGGGAGAGAGUUCAUCAUUUUACCUCCUUGCUGAGGUUGGUCUUUCACACUGGUCAGCUUUGGGGGAGAUCAGAGUGCUCAGUGCUUCUCUGGGUCAGAGUGGUACUGAUUUGGGUGUGGAGUGGAGCCAGGUUGGUUUGAUGUGGAGUUCGAACUGAUUUGUUUUCAUGCUGAGCUGGAGAUCCUGCCAUCUCAGGUGGGGGCGAGAGGGAGGUUUUAUCCCCCCCCCCCCCGGCGAUGUUACUGCUAGAGAACUGUAAUACUGCAUCAAGGAGUCUGAGUGUGAAAUUUGAAGGCAUUGCCAGUGGGUCCAUAGUUCUAAUGAAGCUGGGAAAUUAAACCAAUUUUUUUUUUUUUUUUUUUAAGAGACUUAUUCUGUGGUAACUGGUUGUGAGAGGCUUCUUAGUAAAUUCACCAUGCUAGUUUUUGAGGUCAUGGGAGAGAACGAAAGAAAGGCUGUUUUUUGAGACCAAUAGAAUGCCAAAUUUGGAACAAAGUUUUACCAUAUGAAUUCUUGUAUUUUCCAGAAAGUCCUAUACCUCUCUUGGGUCAAGAUUUGUUAAGUAAAUUGUAAGCUCAAAUAACGUUUUCUGAGAAUUCUGUUUAGUUGCAUGUCCUACAAGAAGCUGCUUGGAUGGUGCAGAUCUGCUUGCUGCAAGUGAGAAAUCUCCAAGGACAUUUCGAAUGCUGUAUUUCCACUAGUAUUAACAGCCAAUGUUUCGAUAAAGCAAAUACUACACUGAAAGAAUUGAAACAGGACUUCGAUCUGGACGAGGAUUGAAGUGGAUUCCACAAAGAUUCAAUGAAUGCAGACGGACAGGAGGGAGAUAAGUUGUGAGGACUGUUUCAGAUGUAAACCAUGGAUCCUAAUUCAGUGUUAUGGAUGCUCACAGACCUGGUGGUCUAGAAGCCUAUCAGCAAGCAGGUGGUGUACCUUCUGUGGAGAAUGGCAAUUUGAGCAACAGCAGGAGAGUCAAAGUGUCAAUGCAAAAAUGAGGAUGGCAACUCGGUGUGUGCUGAAAGCCAUCUUGGUGGAUCUCAGCAGCACGCUUCGUGUUGAAGACUCGGCUGUGCCAGGCGUGCAGGAAGCUCUUAAAAGGGAGUUAGAUUCUGCCAUGCUGCGGAGGUUGGAGAAAAGGAUUUUGGUCGAUCUCCCAAGUAAAGAGGCAAAAACGGGUGAUGAUCUAGCACUGGCAACAACGGAGGAGUGGAGCUAAGAAUGGACCUGGACUACAGCUUGCUGGGCCAGGAAAUGGAUGGGUACUCCAGCUCCAACAUAAAACUCGUGUGCAAGGAAGCGGCUAUGAGACCAGUGAGGAAAAUUUUGAAUGCUCUUGAAAAUCAUCAGCCAGGUAACAGUAACUUACCUGUGAUCCAAUUAGACACGAUCACAACAGCAGGCUUCCUUGAUAUGAUCGCCCACACCAAGCUAUCAGUAAAAAACUUCAGCCAGAAGUACAAGGCUUGGCAAAGAGAAUUCGAGUCAGUUUGAAAAAAAAAAAAAAAAAAAGAUUAAAAACUUCCAAGACUUUCACUACUCAAAAUGGCAUUGCCUCGUCUCCAGAGCAUCAAACGGUGAAGGAGAAGGAAGUGCCGUUGUUUCCAGAAAAGAAAAUGUCAGGGGAAAAUCUAUCUUUACUUUGAAAAUUUAAGGCAGGUGGGGAGUGGUGCUUUGUUUUUUCUUUGCCAUUUUCAAAAAAACAUUCUUCAUGGAAAUAAUGUGUCCUGGUUUUGCUAAAAAACAAGUUUCUCUUUUAGUGAAUUUUGCCUGUCAGCUAAAGCCUUCAUAUUAGCUGCAUUUUCCUGGAGAACCAGACACAUGUUUUGGUAAACAUAGCAAUGGAAUGCAAACAUUGAUAAGCACAGAUGGACAUCUCGCGAGAGGGGCAACGAGAAACAGGUGACCAAGAAACUGACCAACUGUGUAUAACAUUCCAUUCACAUGAAUACUUCAUAUAAAAGUGGGAGAUCAUGAGGAUCUUGUCCGUUCUACUUAUGGCCGACAUUAGGAGAGGACCUUGCUAGUCGUCCCUGCAAACUGAGGCCUAGUGACAGACUGAAUCCAGCUCCGGUUGGCUGCAGAGUCCAAUCCAGGACUUUGGUUGCCGGCUCUGCAGUUGCUGAGACUUUCAAGAUUGGUUUUGUAUAUUUUGUAUUAUUUUCUCUAUUCUUAUUAGUAGCAUUAGUAAAACAUUUUUAAUUUUUUCCAACUCUCUUCUCUCUGUCCUUCUUUCCCUCCCGAUCGCCUGUCCUUAGUGGGAAGGGGGGAGAGGGAGGGGCAAAAGGGGGAAGUGGGGGGAAGAGGAGGUUAACAAUACAUCUGCCAGGGUUUUAUUGUCACCCUGCAAUCUAAGCCUCAACAGCUAAUUGGCGCCCAACGUGGGGCGAGAGAAAGGGGUAAAUUUGGAGAUUUUUGGCUUCUCUAGUGCUCUGAUGUACCUUUCAGUUUUCUUGGCACCAUGCCAACUCAUAGAGUUGUGAUACUUGCGCGUCUGUUUGCUUCAGACAUUAUUUAGUGGUAUUAAGGCAAAGUGAAUUACAUUGAUUUAAAGAUGUUAUGGCAUAAGUUGUAUCAGUUAUUUUCUACAUUGUGUUCGGUGAUUCCUUAUCUGUGCUGGGCCUUCUUCAUAAAUCGAAGUAUUCAUUAUAUAACAACAAGAAAUUGGACAGUGGUUAUGAUGAUCCUGUGUGGUUUGGCACUGGUUUAUUUCAUUAUACUGCAGCCGUUAAUGAAUUUCUACUCAUUUCUGCUUUACCUUGAAAAGCCUCCGGGAGAGAUUAAAGAGCAGUACGGCUCUGUGUUUGCUAAUUGGUCGAGCAAAUCCUUAGAAAGGUUGACUAACAAUACUUUCAUUUUUUCGCUAGGACAGUUAGCAAAUGUUUUAGAGAGCUUUGAAUAUCCUUGGAGCUUUGAUAGAACUAUCAUGGUGCUAUUUGGUUUGCUGAAUGUGUGUCAUUUUGUGCUACUGUUAAGAGAAAUGAGGUUCAAUAGGAGGUUUGCGUCUCUUUUUAGUCCUGAGAUUUGCGGUGCGUCUUUGGAAGCUUUAGCAAAAAGCACUCCGAGCCACUCAAGAAAGAACAAAACAGCGAAAACUGCCGCUGCAGCCACUGCCCCCCCAACCGCGGCUUCACAGGCUGAAGCUACAGCUCCUACGCAGAGUUCCUCUGCCAAGGUCGCUGCAGAUAACAUUACUUCUCCAGCCUCAAAGGCUAACAAGGCAGCCCCCCCUUCUUCACACACUGGGCACUGUUGCUGCUGUAACCACAGCAAUCACUGUGACAGUCAUUCAGACUCUGGAAAUGAAUCAAAUGAUGGUGAACCCAUAUCAGCAUCAGUUCCUGGUUGUAAGAAAGUCACUAGAAAGACUACCCGUGCAGCAGGUGAUGGCACAGGGCCAACAUCAACCCAAGGGGCAUCAUCAGCGCAGGGAGGAGAUGAAGUGACCACCACUCGGUCCCUUUCUCCAGGUGAGCUGAGAGAUCUGUGAAAAGACUCUUGUCGUCGUGAAGGCGAGAAUAUUUUAACCUGGCUGCUCCGAUGCUGGGACAAUGGAGCAGAAACAAUUGAAUUGGAAGGUGGUGAAGCCAGGCAGCUGGGAUCUCUGUCAAAAGAUUCCACCAUUGAUAGGGCAAUUUCAAGAGAGUCUAAUGCCACUACCCUCUGGACCCGACUCCUGGCAGCUAUGAAAGUAAGAUUUCCCUACGAGGAAGACUGUAUAUCCAAGUUAGGGAAAUGGAAUACUAUGGAGAGAGGUAUUCAGUUCCUGAGAGAAUUAGCUGUGCGAGAGAUCAUCUAUUUUGGACCAAACAGCCAAGAGGGGACAGACCCAGAUAGAAUCAAUUGUACACAACCUCUGUGGCACAGAUUUGUACAAAGCGCACCACCUGCAUAUGCUAAGUCAUUGGCAGGAAUGGUCUGGUCAUCUGGAGGUGUACAAGAUAUUACUGAAGUGAUUGAGCAGCUCCGAGACUUUGAGGACAGCCUUGCUGGUUCUCUACGGGCUUGUGUCUCUGCUGUGGAGAAAUUGUGUGAAAAAUCUGAUGAUCGGUUUGAAAAACUGUUGCAAGAAAUCAAAGAACUCAGAGAAGACACGUACCAUUCACGACCUGUAUGAACCUAUGAUUCAGCUAUUAGGAAAAGGCGUUUCCAAUCUCGAGAGAGAGGACAGAGGCAGCCCACAAAAAGAGGUUCACUGUGGUUCUUCCUACAUGAGCAGGGAGAAAACAUGAAUAAGUGGCAUGGAAGACCUACCUCAGAACUUCAAGAACAAGUACGUGAGAUCACAGUAUCACAGUAUGUUUGGGAUUGGAAGGGACCUCAAAAGAUCAUCUAGCCCAAUCCCCCUGCUGGAGCAGGAACGCCUAGGUGAGGUCGCACAGGAACAUGUCCAGGUGGGUUUUGAAUGUCUCCAGAGAAGGAGACUCCACAACCUCCCUGGGCAGCCUGUUCCAGUGCUCUGUCACCCUCACUGAGAAGAAGUUUUUUCUCACAUUUCAGUGGAACCUCUUGUGUUCCAGCUUGAUCCCAUUACCCCUUGUCCUAUCAUUGUUUGCCACCGAGAAGAGCCUGGCUCUGUCCUCGUGGCACUCACCCUUUAUAUAUUUAUAAGCAUUAAUAAGGUCACCCCUCAGUCUCCUCCAAACUAAAGAGCCCCAGCUCCCUCAGCCUUUCUUCAUAAGGGAGGUGCUCCACUCCCUUAAUCAUCUUUGUUGCCCUACGCUGGACCCUCUCCAGCAGUUCCCUGUCCUUCUGGAACUGAGGGGCCCAGAACUGGACACAAUAUUCCAGAUGGGGUCUCACCAGGGCGGAGUAGAGGGGAAGGAGGACCUCUCUCGAUCUACUAACCACCCCCCUUGUAAUACACCCCAGGAUGCCAUUGGCCUUCCUGGCCACAAGGGCACAGUUCUGGCUCGUGGUCAUCCUGUUGUCCACCAGGACCCCCAGGUCCCUUUCCCCUACACUGCUCUCUAAUAUGUAAUUUCCCAACCUAUACUGGAACCUGGGGUUGUUUCUGCCCAGAUGCAGGACUCUACACUUUCCCUUGUUAAAUUUCAUCAGGUUAUUCCCCACCCAACUCUCCAGCCUGUCCAGGUCCCGCUGGAUGGCAGCACAGCCUUCUGGCGUGUCAGCCACUCCUCCCAGCUUAGUGUCAUCAGCAAACUUGCUGAUAGUAUACUCAAUUCCCUCGUCUAAAUCGUUAAUGAAUAUAUUGAAUAAUAUUGGCCCCAGUGUGGACGGGUUUUGAGAGAUAAAGAUUUGUUGCUGAAUUAGUCAGGCUCAAAGGAAUCUCAAGGCCUCUUAGAGAAGCUGAGAACAGAAUCUGCUGUGAGAGAGAGGGGUGUUCCUCAAUCACCGGGGUCCUGGCGUGGCCUGAAUCAUCGGACGUAUCAUCAGUGAGACUCCAGCGCAUGGACAGCCCACGAUACUCAUUUAGCGAAUCCAUGCUUGGAGCGUGGACGCGUGAUUAGAAUAUAGUUACGUAUAUAAGGAGACUUGUUUCUGUAAUAAAUGGCUUUAGCGUGAUUCACAUUGAA